CGAAACUUGAAGAAGUUGAGGGGGAAAAAGUGUCACUGGUGCCAGAAAAGCGAUUCUUGGAAUCUCAUUAAAUGUUCAAGCUGUCAAAAAGAAUUUUUUUGCAUGGAUUGCAUCAAAGAACGGUACUUUGAAACUCAAAAUGAAGUUAAGAUGGCAUGUCCAGUUUGUCGAGGAACAUGUUCCUGUAAAGACUGCUUGGCAAGUCAAUAUAAAGACAAUGAAAGAAUAUUUGGCGUGUAAAAGCAGAGUGGACAGAAUUUUGUGUUUCCACUAUAUGAUCUGCAUGCUUCUUCCUGUAUUAAAACAAAUCAGUGAAGACCAUAAUAUUGAACUAGAAGCAGAAGUGAAAAGUAAAGAGAAAAGAACCUCUGAUAUUCAAAUCAAGCAGUUUGAGUCUUGCUGUAAUGACCAAAACUGCUGGAUACCGAAUAAACUGAAAGAUGGCAUUGCCAGUGAAAACCACGUUUUGGAUGAGGUCAUUUCCAAUGGCAAUUUGACUGCUACUUCAUCACCAGAUGGCACAAUUUGUAAUGGUUCUGGCAAUAUAUCUUGUUCCCCCAAAGAGCUUGGUGGCUGUGGUGAUAGCCUCCUUGAUUUGAGAUGUCUUUUUCCUGUAAGUUUGAUCAAAGAAAUGAAAACAAAAGCUGAAGAAAUAUCUUGCUGCUAUGACUUUCCUGAAUCAUUGGAUAAAAGUUCAAGCUGCUCGCUUUGUCUCAAUUCUGAUAAUAAGAUUGAUAGAGACAAACAAUGGCAAGAAGCAGCUCUAAGAGAAGAUUCCGAUGAUAAUUGCUUGUUUUAUCCCACAGUUUUGGACAUCAGUCGUGAUAAUUUUGAACACUUUCAGAAGCACUGGAGAAAAGGCCAUCCAGUGGUAGUGCGUGAUGUUCUCCAAAGUAAAUCAAAUCAUAGCUGGGAUCCACUGGCCAUGUUCUGUGCUUAUCUUGAGCAGAGUAUCACAAGAUAUCAGAAUGAUAAGGACUUACUUGAAGCUUGUUUGGAUUGGUGUGAGGUAGAAAUUAACAUUAGGCAGUAUUUUUCUGGGUCUCUAAGAUGUCAACCACAGAAAAAUAAUUGGCAUUAUAUGCUGAAAUUGAAGGGCUGGCUUUCUUCCCAACUAUUCAAAGAACAAUUUCCGACUCAUUAUUAUCAAGUAAUUGCUGCUCUACCACUUCAAGAAUACAUGAAUCCCAUGUCUGGUAUUCUGAAUUUAGCAGCAAAUUUGCCACAAGGGAGUGUAAAACAUGACAUAGGGCCAUUUGUCUAUAUGUCAUAUGGCUGUGCUGAUGAACAAGUUGAUUCUGUGACAAAACUCUGUUACGACUCAUAUGAUGUGGUUAAUAUCAUGGCGCAUUCAACAGAUGUCCCUCUCUCUACAGAACAACUUGAUAAAAUAAGAAAGUUAUUGAGAAAGCACCGAAAUCUGUGUCAAAGGGAGUCUCCCAAAAUUAUUACUGGGAAGAUAAUGGGACAAAGUUUGAAAGAAAAUUCAUUAUUGCAUGCUGAAGAUAAGGAACAAAAUGGAGUGCAGAGUAUGGUUAGAGGGCAAAUGAAUUUCUUCCGGAGGGUCAAUAGAACAACAUUAAUCUCUACAGAGGCAGGAACAGCUAGUCCGAGUACGGACAGCAAUAUUUCCCAGGGUGGAGAAUGUGAUUCAGAUACAGAUUCUGAUUCUGAUUUUGAAUCCAAUGUACUUCACGGGACAACCCAGAACACUCCAUUGUCUACGCUUGAUAAUCCCAGAUAUUCCUGUGAUAGCGCAAGUAAUGGUAGAAAUAAAAACCUAAGUGAUUAUUCUGGUGCCCAGUGGGAUGUAUUUCGCAGACAAGACGUUCCAAAACUAAUAGAAUACCUUGAAAGACAUUGUAUUGAAUUUGCUGAUACCCAGAACCAUAAAAAUAAGAUGAUUCACCCACUUCUAGAUCAGAUCUUCUUUCUUGACAGUACUCACAAAAUGAGGCUUAAAGAGGAGUUUGAAAUUGAACCGUGGACUUUUGAGCAACAUGUUGGAGAAGCUGUCAUCAUUCCUGCUGGAUGCCCAUACCAGAUAAGGAAUCCAAAGUGUUGUGUUCAUGUGACGCUUGAAUUUGUGUCCCCUGAAAAUGUUCCUGAGUGUAUGGAGUUGAUUGAUGAAGUCCGUCUACCUCCUGAAGGACAUAAAGCAAAAGUGGAUAAGCUGGAGAUGGAGAAAAUGGCCCUUUAUAGCAUGAGAACAGCAAUAAAAGAAAUAGGAGAUCUUACAUGUAAAAAGUGAUUGUGCCAGCUGAAAUAUCAGUAUAUGCCUCUCUGUGAGUCUUAGCCUUCCUAGAUGCCUUCAUUUUUUUGUACAUUUUAGAUCUGUCAGUUAAAUUGAUUGAUUUUAGUUUCUAUUCAUUUUUAUUCACCAAUAUGUGUCUCUGAAAUUGAAAUAAAAUUGUAUGGUCUGUAUAAACUUCUCAAUCCUUUUUCCUGAAGGAAAUUGAUAAAUUUUUAAAGGGAGAGUGAGAGGGAUGUAUUAUGGUUUUAAGGACCAUAAAGUUGACGUUUUGGCCACACUUUGAGCUGCAGUUAUGUGGACUUUAUCCAACUAAACUGAAAAAA